AUGGUGCACGCGAACUUUUUAGAAUCGCUCUACUACGGCGGCGACGUCGCCGCCGCCGCAACCGCGACGUCCGCGCUGGGGCAGUCCCCGGCGCCGUCGUACGCGUAUGGCGCGUCGCUCGGGGCGAGCGCGUACCCGCCGCCGCCGCCGCCGAGCGCGGACGACACGCACUGCUUCGUCGAAACCCACGACGCGUGGAGAGGCGCGGAGGUUCUCACCAUCCUCGCGAUCCUCGCCAUCGUCGCGGGAGCGAUCCCGCAGUAUAUCAAGCUGAUCGUCCUCGCCACGGACAAGGGGAACUCGCUCACCGCGCUCGCGCUUCUGAACGUCUCCGCGGUGACCGCGACGCUGAACAUCUUCAUCCUGCACUACGAGCAGAUCAAGCAGUGCGUCCGCGGGGACAUGGGAUUCGACGACUGCAACACGUCGCUGCUCACGUUUUACUACACCGCGACGUGGACGAUCCUGUGGUUCCCCGUGUACACGCUCGCGGCGAGGUACUGCUCGGACGAGGAGACCGAGGAGGUUUGCGGCGCGACGCGGACGCGGAGGCAGAACGCGAGGAUCGGGUUUUGGGCGCACGUGAUCCCGUGCGUCGGACUCGCGGCGCCAGUCGUCGGCAUGGUGUUACGCGGGAACUGCUACGAGUACGAGGUGCGUUCUUCUCACACUGGUUCCCAUACGACCGCGCUGGCGUGGUGA